GGAAGCUGCGGAAGUGAGGGAGGCGGUGCUGGCGGGCUUCAGGAACUCGGUUCAGGAGCCGACUUUCGCCCCGCCCCGUUCUGUCAAGUCCUCCAGCGCUUAGUCAGGCUGGGAAGCUGUCAGUCAUGGCGCUGUCCUCGCGACUGUGUGGUCUUCUCCCUCUGCGACGCGGAGCGGAGCAGAGAGUCUGUCAGCUGGCGAGGACCUGGGGCAGCCGCGGGCGCUGUGGCACCCGGGGAUCCGGCACUUCCGAGGUGAUAGGAAAUACAAGACCUUUCAAGAGAGGCCUUUUAUUCUCAGCCUUGUCUUAUUUGGGUUUUGAAACCUAUCAAGUCAUUUCUCAGGCUGCUGUGGUUCAUGCUACAGCCAAAGUUUUGGAAGUUGAAGAAAUACUUAAGCAAGCAGACUACCUCUAUGAAAGUGGAGAAACAGAAAAGCUUUAUCAGCUGCUUACACAGUACAAGGAAAGUGAUGAUGGAGAGCUACUGUGGCGGUUGGCACGGGCAUCACGUGACAUAGCACAGCUUAGUAAGACUUCAGAAGAAGAAAAGAAAGUGUUGGUGUAUGAAGCUCUAGAGUAUGCCAGAAGAGCAAUAGAGAAAAAAGAGGCAAGCUUUGCUGCUCAUAAGUGGUAUGCAAUCUGCAUUAGUGAUGUUGGAGAUUAUGAAGGCAUCAAGGUUAAGAUUGCAAAUGCCUAUGUUAUCAAGGAGCAUUUUGAGAAAGCAAUUGAGCUGAACCCUAAAGAUGCUACUUCAAUUCACCUUAUGGGUAUUUGGUGCUAUACAUUUGCUGAAAUGCCUUGGUAUCAAAGAAGAAUUGCUAAAGUGCUGUUUGCAAAUCCUCCUAGUUCCACCUAUGAGGAGGCGUUGAGAUACUUUCACAGGGCAGAAGAAGUGGAUCCAAACUUCUACAGCAAAAACUUGCUGCUUUUAGGAAAGACAUACUUGAAGCUAAACAACAAAAAGCUUGCUGCAUUCUGGUUGGUAAAAGCCAAGGGUUAUCCAGCACACACAGAAGAAGAUAAACAGAUACAGACAGAAGCUGCUCAGUUGCUUACAGGUUUGUGACAAGAACUGAGAACAUUUUGGAGAAGGCAACAACAUACCUAAUACUUUGUAUUUCACUGACUUAUAAACAUGAUACAUUAACCAUCA